AUGAUUACGAAAGAGCACGGCGCAGCAGCUGCGAGUGACGUGCUGGACAAGUACCUGCAGCAGUUUCUGCACGACAAUCCCAAGUCCCAGACUCAGAACGAGCGGGCGUCAACGAUCAUGCCCGCCGGCAUCACCAGAGCCGUCCACACCAACAAACCGUUCCCCCUGUACGCCGACGCCGGCCACGACUGCUAUCUGAUGUCCAUCGACGGCCAUACCUACGUGGACUUUGUGUCCCAGUACUUUGCCGCCAUGUUUGGGCAUUCUCAUCCGGACAUCAAGACCGCCGUUGCCGAGGUGCUGGACGCCGGUUUUACCAUCGGAGCCCCGAGUACCCGGGAGCUGGAGCUCGCGGAGGCUCUGUGUGCCCGCUUCCCAAGCAUGGAAAUGGUACAGUUCACCAACUCGGGCACGGAAACCAACACCGUGGUGAUCGCGAUGGGCCUAAACUAUACCAACAAGAAGAAGGUCAUGGUGUUCCAGGGCGGAUAUCAUGGCGGGACGCUAUCCUUCAAAACUUCAAAUGCCCUGAUAUUACCUCACCAGUUUGUCAUGGGGGUGUACAACGAUGUCGAGAGCACCCAGAGUGUGUUGAAUGCGGACGUCGGGGUGAUAUUAGUCGAGCCAAUGCAAGGUGCUGGGGGGCUCAUACCGGCGACCAGGGAUUUCCUGGCGUUUUUGCGACACGAGGCCACGCGGAUCGGCGCGGUCUUGGUCUUUGACGAGGUCAUUACCGCCCGGACGCACUACGGAGGCCUUCAAUCCUAUCACGGGAUCAUCCCUGACAUGACUUCGAUCGGCAAGUUCUUCGGGGGCGCCUUCGCGUUUGGUGCGUUUGGCGGCCGCGCCGACAUCAUGAAGACUCUAGACUGUCGCCAGCCCAACGCCCUCGCGCACUCAGGCACGAACAACAACAAUCCGUUUACCAUGGCGGCCGGGCUGGCGGCGUGCAGGCUCCUGACACCGGAGAACAUCGAGCGGACCAACGCCCUCGGCGAGAAGAUGCGGAGCGAACUCGCUCGCGUCUUGGACAUGGAAGGUCCGGACACGGCCAUCGUGCGUGGGUUUGGAAGCACAGUGGGAGUCUAUUUCAAUGGGCCGAGGAGUGAGGUGCUGGGGCGAGCGUGGUACUACUUCUUGUUGGCCAGGCGCAUCCACGCCGGCCCACGGGGAUUCUUUGCCCUCAAUAUCAUGCAUCAGGAGCAGCAUGUCCAGCAAGUCCUACACGCGGCGGCAGACUUCAAGCGUGAGGUUUUUGGUGCUCUGUAG